AUGGACUACAGCAUGGAGGAAAACCAGAAUGCCGCUCCCGGCAGCGUUCAGGCGGCCAAGCUCGGCGGUGCCAGGAAAGGGCCCGACGCGCAGAGCGUCACCAAGAGAUUGCAGACGGAGCUGAUGCAGCUUAUGACAUCGCCCGCUCCCGGUGUCUCGGCCUUCCCUUCAGCAGACGGCAACCUCAUGUCCUGGACAGCGACGAUCGAGGGACCCGAUCAGACCCCGUACGCCGGCCUGACUCUGAAGCUCAGCCUGUCCUUCCCUACCAACUACCCCUACGCGCCACCGACGGUGCUCUUCAAGACACCCAUCUACCACCCCAACUUUGACUUCUCCGGCCGUAUUUGCCUGGAUAUCCUCAAGGACAAGUGGACGCCCGCCUACAACAUCCAGACCGUCCUCCUCAGCUUGCAGAGUCUGCUUGGCGAGCCAAACAACGCCUCCCCUCUGAACGGCGAGGCCGCGGAGCUUUGGGACAAGGACCACGAAGAGUUCAAACGUAAGGUACUCGCUCGUCACCGUGAUGUCGAGGACGAGUGA